AUGCGUUAUGGGCCGCUCCGUCCGCUGUCCUUCGCGAGAAUCAGGCCCAGCACCAGGGUAAAUUUGGUUGGAGAAAAGGCCCUUCCUUACAAUCAGAAUGGGUUGAACUCAUUGAGCAGCUGCCAGUACUCACACUGCUUCUCGAAAUUGCACUGGGGCACACGACAAUUCAUUUUCCAUGAAUACGUUCACUUCACGGAUGCAACCACUUCCCCCUCCCCCCGUCACGCCACCAUCAGACCAAACGCCAAACGAGCAUCAACGGGAACAUCCGAUUCGAAACAAUCCAAAAGGCAGAAGAAACGCAGCACGUCUGAAUCUCAAGCUUUAAGAAUGAGUCAAGCGCUGCUCGCGACCGAAAUCCUGGUCAUCGGUCCAGAUUCAGAUUUCGACAAUCGCCGGCUAUCGAUCGCGGGCAAUACGAGUGUACGAUCGUAUCGCCCGAUUUGGACGCUCGCUUGCGAGCCACCACUGAUAUGUGAUGUGUUCAUGUGGGGGCACACAGAGCUGCAGCGACGUUGGAACUGA